AUGGCUUCAUCACUCAUUCGCGUUAAAUGCCUCCUCACCGUCCUGUUUUUCGGUAGCGCUGCCUAUGGAUUAUCCAGCCCCGCCGUGGACAAGUCAUCAUUGAUACAAGAAUGUCCAAUCUUCUUCGAUACGAUCAAGCGAUGCGAUCCUAUUGCGCCUAAUAGUUUCUUACCUCCCCAUUUGGCGAGACUUGAUAAGGACAAAGGAUCUCAUUCCCCGGAUCUGAACGUUCUGGCCGAUCUUCUUGACGCGAUGCAUGUCAUGCAGACGCAAUAUUUCGCGACCUGGCUCGGGACCUGGCCCGAGUCCAUCGACUGGACCGCGGCCGUUAUGGGUACCCACGUCUCGGGGGCCGUGCGUAGCCUUUCCGAAGCGUUAGUACACAUCAACUCGGACGAAGAAAGCGCUAUAGACUUAAAAUUGGAGCUGAAUUUAGUCGACAAAUACUUCACUCAAGUCGCGGGGUAUUACUUUGGGCAGGACGCGUUUGCCAUUCGCAACGAGGCAUACGAUGAUAUCCUCUGGGUGGUGCUCGGCUGGCUCGAGACCAUUCAGCUGGUGAGCAUGCAUAGCGAUCUUCAUUUCAAGUCAAGUGAGAAAGGAGAAGUUACCAAGCCCGGGACAAGUAAACCUCGAAGAAUUAGUGACUUCUUUUCGAACCAGCCUUACCAUGGAAACCUUUGGGUUCCUGCGUUUGCUCAUCGCGCGCGGGUUUUUUGGGAUCUAGCAACCCACGGGUGGGACACAAAGCUCUGCGGCGGCGGGAUGGUCUGGAACCCUCGUCUUUUGCCAUAUAAAAAUGCCAUUACCAACGAGCUAUUUAUCGCAGCUUCCAUAUCCAUGUAUUUAUACUUCCCUGGGGACGACAAUACUUCACCAUUCUUUAGUGCCGAGAGCCCUGGUGUAUCCUCUCCUCGUAUACCUAGCGAGCUGAGAGACGCAAAAUAUCUAAAGGCUGCUGUGGAAGGCUAUAAGUGGCUUGUCGAUUCUAACAUGACCGACCGCAGAGGCCUUUACACUGAUGGGUUCCACGUUAGCGGGUAUAGCGACACUGGGAAUAAUAACACAAAGUGCGAUCAGCGGAAUAACAUGGUUCUCUCGUACAAUCAAGGUGUCCUCCUCACCGGACUGCGCGGACUAUGGGAAGCAACCGGCGCCUCGUCAUUCCUAGUGGACGGGCACAAGUUGAUCCAAAACGUGAUCAAGGCAACCGGCUAUAGUCUUGCUUGGGAUGCGCCUCUUGAAACUCUUAUGAGGUUGUAUCCCGGGCAGCUCCCGAGAUGGCACGGUCUAGGCCGAGCAGGCGUGAUGGAAGAUCCGUGCGACGCAAGCGGGACUUGUAGUCAAGACGGACAGACCUUCAAAGGCAUUUUCUUCCACCACCUCACGACCUUUUGCGCGCCACUAACCGCGCCCGACACUAACGUCGACACGCGCGCUUUCGACGCGGUAAAAGGUGCCCACAGCAGAGCCUGCUCAACCUACAGCGGCUGGCUGAAACACAACGCGCAGGCAGCGCUACGCACGCGUGACGAGCACGGCAAAUUCGGGCAAUGGUGGACAGCCGGGUUGCUCGCGCACCGCUGGGCCGGCCCGUGGCCUACCAUGAGGGACGACGGGGUGCCGCAUAAAAGCGGCGUCGACUACCGCAACUACGGCGUGCCGAACGACACCACAUGGCGGGCCCCGCCGCCCAGUAAAGACAAGCCCGGCGUCCACCUACCCGUCGAACGGCCAUUUGGAAACCCAGACCAGGCGCAGAAACCCAUGCGCGGCCCCGCGGAGAAAAAGAAACGCCAGACGCAAGAUUCCAGCUCGAAAGACCCGAACACCCGCGGCCGCGGCAGAACCGUCGAGACCCAGGGCGGCGGACUGGCGCUGCUACGAGCGUAUUGGAAGAUUGCGCACGCGCCUUAG